AUGGCGUCGACCACAGAGGGCACGGCCACAGCCGGUGCACAGCCAUUUGAUAUCGUCGCAACAUACAAUGAGCUCCUACGCUCCGAUCCCGAUCUUACCAUGCCCAUUGCGGCCAUUGAAGCUUUGGUGCUUCUCCUCACACAUGAGCCGUCAUCCACAAUCUCCGAGACCCUUGACUUGCUUGCAAAGUCCACAGAGCACCUGAAAAAAUCCAUCGCCAACCCAAUCGGUCUCUCCGCCGGAACCGAUCUCUUCCAAAGAUACCUUAUCACGACAUUACAACGGCCAGGCCAGCUGGGUCCUGCAGGAGAUUUCAAAGCUAUCCGAACACAUCUGUUGUCUAACGGACGACUUUUCAUUCGCCGCGCAAAGGAGAGUCGAGAGAAGAUUACCGCGUUCGGCCGCGGAUUCAUCCGCGACGGCUGCACAGUGCUCACAAAUGGUGGAUCCCGAGCAGUCUCCUCUUUACUACAAAAGGUAGCCGACGAAGAAGGCGGCUCGUUUGCCGUACGAUUUAAUGUCAUUUACGUGCUGUCAUCGAUGAGCAAAGAUAUCGAGGGACCUUCUGGAGAGCCCGAGGGAAUGGAGACGGUGCGCGCAUUGAGGGCGAAGGGUGUUCCAGUUGCGACAAUCCCAGAGUCCGCAGUUGCUUAUGCCCUUGGAAAGGCGGAUAUGGUUAUCGUCGGUGCAGAGGGUGUAGUGGAGAACGGAGGUAUUGUGUCUCGCAUGGGCACGUACCAGAUCGGACUUCUCGCCAAGGCUAUCGGAAAGCCCUUCUACACGGUGGCUGAGAGCCAUAAGUUCGUUCGCCUUUACCCAUUGGGCCAGUAUGAUCUGCCUAUCGUGCAGCAGGUUGUCGAUUUUAAGACCGAGGAGGAUAUUGCGCAACAAAGUAAACCGCAAGCUCCGGUCGAGUCAAAUGCAGACCGCCCAGUGGAGUUGCCACUUGAGGAUUCCGUUGACUUCACCCCGCCCCAUCUGAUUUCCGCCUUGAUCACCGACAGCGGUGUCUUGACGCCCAGUGCCGUCAGUGAGGAGCUGAUCAAAAUUUGGUUCUAG